AACCUUGCCAUCAAUCUUUAUUCUAGAUUCCAGCAACGGAGCGUCCCGUCUGACCUCGAUGUGGCCAUCGAGCUCCAACAAGCUGCACUACUCUUCACUCCCCCCGGUCAUUUUGAUCGAGUUAUGUAUCUCAACAAUCUUGCCCUCAGCCUUCAAGACAGAUUCCAGCAGUGA